AUGUACAACAUAAUUAUGCCAUAUUUGUCUAAGGGAAAACAGCGCCCUGUUUUCGUCUACGGACAUCUUACUGCGCUGCCUCUACUUACCCAAUUCCUGACCGGAAACGCCGCCGACAUUGACAAAGUGGCCCGCAUGGUACAUAUUGCCACAGUAGUCGGAUACAGACGCGUCGGAAUCAAGACCAGUCCGGAUGCAGCAGUGAUUGAAGACGCCGGGUCAACUGUUCGGGGCCUUGUGGUCCUACCGGAGUCGAUGGAGCAUCGGUUACAGAUUGACGAUAAUCACGAUGCUUGGGAUCGCAGAGUCAAGUGCAUCCUGUACAGGAUGGUGCGAGUACGCGCAUACUUGAACUUCGAGUCGGACGUAAUAGAUGCCGACAUGUUUCUGUGGAAUGGAACUUUGCAGGCUCUGACAAUGAAGCCGUGGGACCUCAAGAAUUACAUGGCUAAAGAGAUGCCCUCUAUGAUAAACGAACUGAUCAUGGCCGAAGCCUCCUCUUGA